CUGCAGGGGUUUUGUCGAUCGUUUUGCGGUGGAUAAUUAGUUCCUGCGGUAGUACUAGAUCGAUGCGGAUGGAUGGUACACAUCCAACGUGCUACGAAAUUCUAAAUUUCAUGCGAAUCCACACGAGCCAACCGGUUUGGGUUAGACCGAACUCAUUGGACAGAUUAACGACAUUCUAGAUAUACCCCUUUAUAAUACGGAGUACUACGGUGGGAGUACGUCCAUUUUUCUUCUUUUCAGAAAAGAAAGUAGUAGUACGUCCAGCGUGGCUGGCCAAUUAAGUUCCAGGUCAAAGCAGAAGCACGGCAGGCUACUGGAAUCAUGCACAAGCAUCGCACAGGCUGUCGGCCCCAUGCACUUGGCCGCAGAAAUUUCCCACCACCCAGCACAUGGAGAGUGCUCGAGCCUCGAGUCAACCCGCUGCAUUGACCAGCACCGGCGCCGCAAAGCUAGCUAAAUCCCGUCCCCUCCUCUCGCUCAACGGCUCAAGGCCCCCCUCCCAGCAAUGCCGACGCCAGCCGCCGUGUUCGCCGGCCUCCUCCUCCUUGUGCUCACCUCCGGCGCCGCCAAUGCCGCCACGGGGCCGGAGGCCAAGGCGCUCUUGGCCUGGAAGGCCAGCCUCGGCAACCCCCCCGCGCUGUCCACCUGGGCCGAGAGCAGCGGGUCGGUGUGCGCCGGUUGGCGCGGGGUGUCCUGCGACGCCACCGGCCGCGUGACCUCGCUCAGGCUCCGGGGCCUCGGGCUCGCGGGCCGGCUCGGCCCGCUCGGGACAGCGGCGCUCCGGGACCUCGCCACGCUCGACCUCAACGGGAACAACCUCGCGGGCGGCAUCCCGUCCAACAUCUCGCUACUCCAAUCCCUCUCCACUCUCGACCUCGGCAGCAAUGGCUUCGACGGCCCCAUCCCGCCGCAGCUCGGCGACCUCUCCGGCCUCGUCGACCUCCGCCUCUACAACAACAAUCUGUCCGGCGACGUCCCGCACCAGCUCAGCCGGCUCCCCAGGAUCGCCCACUUCGACCUCGGCUCCAACUACCUCACCAGCCUCGAUGGGUUCUCGCCGAUGCCCACCGUCAGCUUCCUCUCGCUCUACCUCAACAACCUCAACGGCAGCUUCCCGGAGUUCGUCCUCGGGAGCGCCAACGUCACCUACCUCGACCUGUCGCAGAACGCGCUCUCCGGGACGAUACCGGACUCGCUGCCGGAGAACCUCGCCUACCUCAACUUGUCCACCAAUGGCUUCUCUGGCCGGAUACCGGCGUCGCUGUCCAAGCUGAGGAAGCUCCAGGACCUGCGGAUUGUCUCCAACAAUCUGACGGGCGGUAUCCCCGAUUUCCUUGGCUCCAUGUCCCAGCUCAGAGCUCUUGAACUUGGCGCCAACCCGCUCCUCGGCGGGCCGAUCCCGCCGGUUCUUGGCCAGCUGCGAUUGCUACAGCACCUUGACCUGAAGAGCGCCGGGUUGGAUUCCACCAUUCCACCGCAGCUGGGCAACCUUGUCAAUCUCAAUUAUGUGGACCUGUCCGGGAACAAGCUCACCGGUGUCCUGCCGCCGGCGUUGGCCUCGAUGCGCAGAAUGCGGGAGUUCGGCAUAUCGGGGAACAAAUUCGCCGGUCAGAUUCCGUCGGCUUUGUUCACCAACUGGCCAGAGCUCAUAUCGUUCCAAGCACAGGAGAACUCGUUUACCGGGAAGAUUCCGCCGGAGCUCGGGAAGGCAACCAAGCUAAAUAUCUUGUAUCUCUACAGCAACAACCUUACCGGGUCUAUCCCGGCAGAGCUCGGCGAGCUGGUGAGCCUGCUACAGUUGGAUUUAUCCGUGAACUCGCUCACGGGAAGCAUCCCCAGCUCGUUUGGUAAACUCACACAGCUCACGAGGCUGGCGCUCUUCUUCAACCAGCUCACCGGCGCGCUACCACCGGAGAUCGGCAACAUGACAGCGUUAGAAAUCUUGGAUGUGAACACCAACCAUUUGGAAGGCGAGCUGCCCGCCGCAAUCACAUCGCUCAGGAAUCUCAAAUACCUCGCCCUGUUCGACAACAACUUCAGCGGCACCAUACCGCCGGACCUCGGGAAGGGGCUGAGCUUGAUCGACGCGAGCUUCGCCAACAACAGCUUCUCCGGCGAGCUGCCACGGAGACUGUGUGACGGCCUCGCGCUCCAGAACUUCACGGCGAACCGCAACAAGUUCAGCGGCACGCUGCCGCCGUGCCUCAAGAACUGCACGGAGCUGUACCGGGUAAGGCUGGAAGGGAACCACUUCACCGGCGACAUCACGGAGGCGUUCGGUGUCCACCCCAGCUUGGUCUACCUGGACGUCUCCGAGAACAAGCUCACCGGCCGGCUAUCGUCCGAUUGGGGACAAUGCGUCAAUAUCACCCUCCUGCACAUGGACGGCAAUGCAUUAUCGGGCGGCAUUCCGGCGGUGUUCGGGGGCAUGGAGAAAUUACAGGACCUCAGCCUGGCUGAGAAUAAUCUCUCAGGAGGUAUUCCAUCUGAGCUUGGUCGUCUCGGCCUCUUGUUCAAUCUCAACCUGAGCCAUAAUUACAUCUCCGGCCCAAUUCCGGAAAAUUUGGGCAACAUUUCCAAGCUGCAGAAAGUUGAUUUGUCAGGGAACUCGCUUACCGGGACGAUACCGGUUGGCAUUGGCAAGCUCAGUGCUCUAAUUUUCCUGGAUUUGAGCAAGAACAAGUUGUCGGGGCAGAUACCAAGUGAGCUCGGCAACCUGAUUCAGCUGCAGAUCCUGCUUGACGUGAGCAGUAACUCAUUGUCGGGUCCAAUCCCCUCGAAUCUUGAUAAGCUGAGGACUUUGCAGAAGCUGAACCUGUCACGCAACGAACUCAGUGGCUCCAUACCCGCAGGAUUUUCUAGCAUGUCAAGCCUCGAAGCAGUUGAUUUCUCUUACAAUCGGCUCACUGGCAAGAUACCGUCAGGGAACAAUAUUUUCCAGAACACUUCGGCCGAUGCCUACAUUGGGAACUUGGGGCUCUGUGGUAAUGUGCAAGGCGUAGCUCCUUGUGAUCUCAAUUCUGGCAGUGCAUCUUCAGGGCAUCGCAGGAGAAUAGUCAUUGCAACAGUUGUGGUGGUGGUUGGGGUUGUGUUACUUGCAGCCGUUGCUGCUUGUCUCAUACUCAUGUGCAGAAGGAGGCCUUGUGAGCACAAAGUGCUGGAGGCCAACACCAACGAUGCUUUUGAGUCCAUGAUCUGGGAAAAGGAGGGCAAGUUCACAUUCUUUGACAUCAUGAACGCCACAGACAACUUCAAUGAAACCUUCUGCAUUGGUAAAGGAGGGUUUGGGACCGUGUACAGGGCCGAACUCGCAAGUGGACAGGUUGUGGCUGUAAAGCGGUUCCAUGUUGCCGAGACGGGCGACAUAUCGGAUGUGAGCAAGAAGAGCUUUGAGAACGAGAUCAAGGCGCUGACGGAGGUCCGCCACCGGAAUAUCGUCAAGCUCCAUGGCUUCUGCACUAGUGGUGAUUACAUGUACCUGGUGUAUGAGUGCUUGGAAAGGGGCAGCUUGGCCAAGACAUUGUAUGGGGAGGAAGGGAAGAAGAACCUGGAUUGGGAUGUGAGGAUGAAGGUGAUCCAGGGGGUUGCUCAUGCCCUGGCCUACUUGCAUCAUGACUGCAACCCACCCAUCGUUCAUCGCGACAUCACUUUGAAUAAUAUCCUGCUUGAGUCUGAUUUUGAGCCACGGUUGUGUGAUUUUGGCACCGCGAAGUUACUUGGGUCUGCUUCGACAAACUGGACUUCUGUGGCAGGAUCAUAUGGCUACAUGGCUCCAGAGUUGGCAUACACAAUGAGGGUAACAGAGAAAUGUGAUGUCUACAGCUUUGGCGUUGUUGCACUGGAAGUCAUGAUGGGGAAGCAUCCAGGUGACUUGCUAACCUCUCUGCCAGCCAUCUCCUCGUCGCAGCAAGAUGAUCUACUCCUCAAGGACAUACUGGAUCAGCGGUUGGAUCCUCCAAAGGAACAGCUUGCAGAAGAAGUCGUGUUCAUCGUCAGGAUAGCGCUUGCUUGCACCAGGGUAAAUCCAGAAUCCAGGCCUACCAUGCGGUCUGUGGCACAAGAGAUAUCGGCACAUACUCAGGCCUACCUCUCUGAAGCGUUCAAACUGAUCACGAUAAGCAAGCUGACGGACUACCAGAAGUGAUGUAGUAUCUGUGUGCAGAUAUUUGAAGCUCCACAGGUGAAAACUGCACAGUUAAUGAUUCUGCAAAAUUCCGUUUCAGAUCCUCAAGCAUGUCAGUUUACUGCCAAAGAAAAGCAUUAGGAAAGCAUGCUGCGAUAACCGAUUGAUAAAAUAUGGUGAAAUUAUCCUUAGGAUUGUCGAUUCUGAAAUGAUGUCUUGCGGUUGGGCCAAUGGUUCUUUUUCCUUUGUACUAUCUUUAAUGCUAUUAUAAAUAUUCUUUGUUUUUCCUGUGAAUGGCUAGACUGUAAGGAUGUAACUGUAAGAUAGAGAAUAAAGAGGCAAGUUCAUGUGGACCAAAAAAUCAUUGUCGGAAUGGAUCAUGGAUAUAUUUAUGUGAUACUGGAAUCGUUUCA